AUGGACAACUACGAACAACAUAACGAGGUGUCUACAUCUUACAACAAUAACAAUAUGAAGCACAACUUCAAUGAAUGCAAAAACGAUUUCUACGAGUACGAUGUCCGACAAAAACUCGAGAAAGACUAUUAUGAAAAAAAUUAUAGAAUGAAACUAGACGAACAAAUGAAUCACGCGAAUUUAAGUACGCCGUUUUCUGUCAAAGAUAUACUAAACAUAAACCAGACCCCAUAUCAUGAACGGAGCGAUGUGUGGAAGCCGAACGAUAGACGGAGCUCCGAAUAUGAAACCUUAUACCAUCAAAGUCAAUAUUGUCCAGAAUAUUUCAGCCAAGUGUACACAAACAUACCGGUACACAACGAACCUUAUUGGAAUCCAGACAUGUAUCAUGAGGCCAUGGAAGAAUACUAUAAUUAUAAUCCAUAUAGUCAUAACUUAUACCAUCAAAAUCAUGAAUAUUCUGACUUGCCAUCUCAUAACAUGAAUGUAUCAGUAAAACUAGAGAAUAACAAUGAAGUUCUAUCUCAAACAUCUGGGUUAGGAGUAAGAGUGAUGGAAAAAAGCAUCCAGCAAUUAGGACCAGAACAUUCUACUUACUCAGAAACGCUACAAAAAUUUCCAACGAUGACUAAAAAACUUCCAAAGCCAUCUCCAUGCAGCAGCAAGCAAGAUAGAAAAGAGAAAAAUAUUAAACGGAAACCACGAAUCCUGUUUUCACAAACUCAAGUCCACGCCUUAGAAGUGCGUUUCCGAGCACAACGUUACUUGACAGCGCCGGAAAGAGAGCAACUUGCAAAAACCCUCAAUUUAUCGCCAACCCAGGUCAAAAUAUGGUUUCAAAAUCGACGGUACAAAAGUAAACGAAUCAAAUCACCCGAAGUAUCUACAUCAACUGAUGUAAAACCAACAAAGAAUUUGGGAAGAAAAUUGUAUAGAACGGAAAAUAAAGACUUACCACCCCCAUACGAAGCAUAUAAAGUCGACAAUAUUGUUGAUAGUGAUAACUUAUCCACAUCUAUAAAUUACUUCGACGAAAGUCUUUCUUAUGAGGAAAAUAACCCUGAAAAAUAUUUCCCAAAAAAUUUAGACCAAAAUGUAGGCACUUCGAAUAUGACUGACAUAUAUUCAACAGAAGCGAGUGUUAGAGAAGAUUUAUACAAGGAUACGGAAAUGAAAAAAUACUUCCCAGUUACAUAUGUUUGU